GCGCCCACCGCGUCGCACCGCCCUCGGCGCGCGGCGCCAUGACGCUCAACGAACGCGAGCGCCUCAUCUCCGCGUUCUCGCCCCCGCGCGCGCUCGCGGACGACGCCAUCGUCGUCGACGUCGACGCGAUCGGCGUCAACACCCGUCGCGACGACGACGUUCGCUCGCGCUUCGCGCCGUCACCGUCGCCGUCCCGGUCGCGCGUCGCCGCUGGCGCCGCCGCCAUCGCGCUGCUCGGCGCCGCGAGCGUGGCGAUCGCGAUCGCGGGACGAUCGGGCGACGCGAGCGACGCCGCGGCGACGCGCGCGCGCCUCGGGUACACCGACGCGGAAAAGGCGCGCGCGCUGGACGUGCGGCGCUCGAUCGGCGACAAACGAUCCGGCCACGGAUUUCCGAUAUUUUUGCACAUCCCGAAGACGGGCGGGACGACGAUCGAGACCUCGCUCGGGGUGUCGGGGAUCGCGGAAGGGUACUGCAUCAAGCGCGAGGAUCGCGCGUACGAGCUGCACCCGAGGUACCGCGGCUGGGAAAAUUGGCACUCGAUUCCGAAGGAUUACGUGCGAAAGUCGUGGGCGAUCGUGAGGAAUCCGUACGAACGCGCGGAGUCAGAGUUUUUGUACUGGACCGGGACGUACGAUAGAAAGUUGUUCGACAGCCUGAAGGUUGGGUACGACGAGGGGAAUUGCGAAAAGUUCGCCGCGCACCUGACGCUCAACGUGCACGAUUCAAAAAUUCGAGCGUGCUACGAAGCGGGUGGAUGGGAGUUGAGAGCGCAGAAGAAGUGCGAGGAUGAAAUAAACGGAGGCGUCGCCUCGUUGUCUCACUGGGCGCCGCAGAUGCUCAUGGCGUCGCGCGCCGAAAAUCUUUUUCGAAUCGAAGAGUGCUUCGGCGCGGAGGAAGGCGAGUGUCCGCUGACGCCGUGGUCUAAACGACAUGGGGGCGCGUCCGUAAAGGAGGAAAACAUCAUUAGUUUCAUUCACCAUCGAUAUCACAAAAAGAUCGAAAUGGUCGUGACGAACGCGUGGCACAAGGAUGUCCCCAAGCCCGACUUGCACUCGUGCUGGUCGCGCUUUGAUCCGGAGCUUUUGAAUCUCUUCAACACGUUCUACGGCGGCGAUUUCGAACAUUUAGGUUACGACAUCAUGCGCAGCGCGGCGAACCUGGGCGCGCCCUCACAGACGGUGCCGAAGGAAUUGAUAGGUCUCACCCUCGGCCAACUCGCCGAGCGUUUGCCCAAGGGCGAACGCGUCGCCGUCAACAACGCGCCGACAUGUCCGCCGAAGGAAAGCGUCCUCGAGGAGUUCCUGCACGGCGGCGAUAAGUCACACGCGCAAGUCGGCGAAGCGACGACGCAGACGACGACACGUCGAGCGUCACGCCGCAACACUAAACCAAAACACUGACGCGUCGGAGCGGUAGCCCAUAGCUUAUUUUCAAUCGAGCGACGACGCUCGGCUUCGUCGUCCCGCUCGCCGAGUGGAUAGAGCCCUCACAACGCCGCGCCGCGCGUCUUUCCGCCGUCAUGCUCGCCUCCGCGCGCGCCCAUCGCGCGAACGCGCCGAUGUCGCGCGCGCUCGCGUCGCGCGCGCGCCGCGCGCAUCACGCGCGCCGCGCACAACUCCUCGACUCGACGGACCAGAGCACCGAGUACACCAUCAGGAUGACGACGGAAGAAGCGCGAAAGUGCAUCAAAUGGGAUGCCCUCGUCGUCGGCGACAACGAACGAGCGAUAUUCGUCGCUGGCGUCGCGCGCGAGAGCGAUUGCGAGCGCGCGGGGGUGGUGCCGGGACAAAGACUGCGCGCGUUGACGUCGCCGGUGGGGGACGCGGACAAGCUUUGGAUAAUUUCGGAUACGGAACGCUUGGCGUUCGUGAAGGAUGCCAUACGGUCGACGCGAGCGGAAGAGAUCACGUUCGUGCUGGAGAAGGAAAUAACGGUGACGCAGGAGAUGGUCGCCGCGGCGAUGAGCGAGGAGGAGAGGGCGGAGGAAGAGGCGCGCGAGGCGAGAGCCAAGGCGAAGAACGAAACGCCGACGCGAUCGAGAGACGCGAACGGGAAAAGGAUCGAAGAUCGGCCGGAUUUGUACACGGAAAAUUGGGAGGGCGAUCAAUUCGUGGGUAAAGGGUUCUGGAAUGAACUCACCGUGGGGUUGGCGGUGGCGAUCGUGGUGCCGUUGGUUAUCACCGUGCUCGCGACGACGACGCGGGGGGUGCUUUGGGACGUGACGCGGUUCUG